AUGGCUCCUACCAAACGCCAUUUCUCAUGCGAAGAAAACGAAGCAUCAACUCAUCAGAAGAAAGCAAAACAAGUUGUGUUGGAACCGAUUUCUUCGUCAUCGCGUGUUGUUCUCAAUUCUGCUGAUUGUGACUUAGAUUUCAACAUUGAAUGCGAUGGACUUGUUGGAUAUGGCCUUAAUGAACAAGGGUUUGGUUACUGUUGGUCUGGUGCUAGAGCUACUGUUGGAAUAACAAAUGGUAGAUAUUGUUUUGGCUGCACUGUUGUUUCUGCUCAACAUGUUGAUACAGAUGACACUGCUCCUGAUCAGCGGCACCUUUGUCGUCUUGGUGUUUCUAGAGGGGUUGAUGUUGUUGGAGCUCUUGGUGAGACAAAACAUAGUUUUGGUUAUGGUGGCACCGGCAAGUUCUCCAAUGCCGGGAAGUUUAUGAGUUUCGGUGAUAAGUUUGGCGUUGGUGAUAAAAUUGUCUGUUGCAUUGAUCUUGAGAGUAAACCACUUGCUACUAUUGGUUUCUCUAAGAAUGGUAAAUGGUUAGGUACUGCAUUUCAAUUUGAUGUCACUUCUCUUGGUCUUGGAGCGGAUUCUUCUUUCUCAAAGGACUCGCCUUGGGAAUGGGCACUUUUUCCGCAUGUUCUUUUGAAAAAUGUUGAGGUUCGGAUGCAGUUCAGUGCUGAACAAAGACUUGUUCCUCAAGAAGGGUUCAGACCUUGGGCCUUGGCAGUUGCAGAUGGAAAUGCGGUUAUGGGACCUUCAUUUUCUGACCUAAAGGAUUGUGAAUUGAUGAUGCUGGUGGGAUUACCGGCUUCAGGCAAGACUACUUGGGCUGAAAAAUGGGUGAAAGAUCACCCAGAGAAGCGUUAUGUUUUGCUUGGCACGAACUUAAUUCUUGAACAGAUGAAGGUUCCUGGACUGUUGCGGAAAAACAACUACGGUGAAAGGUUUGAUCGUUUGAUGGACAAGGCAAGUUCAAUGUUCAAUGUAAUUCUGUCCAGGGCAGCUAACAUACCUCGCAAUUAUAUAAUUGAUCAGACAAAUGUGUACAAAAAUGCACGCAAGCGUAAGCUUAUGCCUUUUGUUGACUAUCAAAAGAUUGCUGUUGUGGUGUUCCCAGAGCCAGAAGAGCUCAAGAGACGGUCUGAAAAAAGAUUUAAAGAAAUGGGCAAAGAAGUUCCAGUUGAUGCUCUGAAUAACAUGAUUGCUAAUUAUGUUCUACCUAAAAGCAAGGAUUUGCCGAAUUCCGAUGAAUAUUUUGAUCAGGUUUUGUUUGUUGAACUAAACCGAGACUCGUCUCAGAAGUAUUUGGAUCAGAUGAAGCAAGAUACUCCAUCUCUAUCUAAUAACAACCAGUUAACAUUAUCGCGCAGAGGUUCUUCUCAGUCUUCUUUCGGGCCUGUAUUGCAAAAUCAAGGAAGUUCGACAGGAAGUGGCAUUCAACAGUGGAGAGCUCAUUGUCCAAACUCUCAAGCCGACUAUAGGAUGCCUAGUCAAGUCGAUGCACAUGGCCAUAUGACUGAACCUCAGCUUAGCAUGAAUCCAUUGUCAGGAGGAUAUCCAAGCAGUCAAAUUUCAAAUGUUGCAAGACCACCCUAUCCUUUUGGACUUUAUUCCAAUCACGAACCAUCUUGUUAUCCUAGAGAUAAUGCUGGUUCCAGUAGAACUUACGGUGACGUCGAAGCAUACAGGAAUCCUGUUUUGGGUAGCCAGUAUAGGCCAAGUACGGCAGGGAACAGCAACAUGGGUUUUCCUGGAAGACCUUAUGCUUUUAAUUAUAGUACAUAUGGAAGACCUUAUGUUGAAUACAGAGAUUUCCAGCCUGAGUUGCCUUCACCAGCCGCAGCCACACCUCCGCUUCCCCCGUAUGAAGAACCGGCAUUAAGACCUCAACAAGGUGGAUUACCUGGUAACGUGCAGUAUUCAGGGAGAUAUGCUUAUUUCACUGUUAAAGCAAUGAAGAAUAAUAAAUGGUUGGGUGAUGUAUUUCAAUUUGAUGUUGGUUCUCUAACUCUUGGAGCUGAUUCUUCUUUUCCAAAGAAAAUUGUUUGGUUCAAAUGCGAUUCUCUUAGCUAUUGCGGAUGGAAAUGCGGGACAGAUCCUUCAUUUUCUUAUGAAUUGAUGAUGCUGGUGGAAUUACCAACUCCAAGAAAGACUACAUGGGCUGAAAAAUGGUUGAAAGAUCACCCGAAGAAGCAUUAUGUUUUGCUUGGCACAAACUAA